UGGUGGACAUAGUCACUAACCAUAUGGGAUGGGCUGGAGCUGCAGACACGGUAGAUGACAGCAUCAUGAAUCCCUUCAACGAUGCCACAUAUUACCACUCCUACUGCAACGUCAGCAACUGGCAGGACCAAACACAAGUAGAGCUCUGCUGGCUUGGAGACCCCAAAACAAUCCUCAUGCCUGACUUGAAAACAGAAGACAGCAACGUACGAAGCAUGUUCGGAGCGUGGAUCUCCAAGAUUGUCUCUGAUUACUCCAUCGACGGUCUUCGUAUUGACUCGGUCAAGAAUGUCGAGACGGGCUUCUGGUCGUCGUUCUGCGCUUCGGCCGGUAUCCUUUGCUUUGGCGAGGUUUCGGAUGGAAACUACGCAUAUGCGUACCCAUAUAUGCAGUACAUAGACGCCAUAACCGACUACCCAAUGUACUACUCUAUAACACGCGUGUUCCAGCAGCAGACUGACAUGUCGGAUAUUGUAUACAAUCUAGGCCUGUGCAAGGAUGGCGGUUGCAAAGACACAACAAUGGCCUUCAGCUUCAUCGAGAACCACGACAAUGCGCGCUUCCCGGCCGGCACCAGCGACCUAGCACUCGCAAAGAACGCCAUCGCAUACACUAUGCUGGGCGAUGGUGUGCCCAUCGUCUACCAGGGCCAGGAAUCGCAUCUCGCUGGCGGCGACGACCCCGGUUGUCGCGAGGCCAUCUGGCUACAAAAGUACAACACCAAUGCGGAGUUGUACAAGCACAUUGCGCUACUCAACCAGAUCCGCAAUUCAGCUAUGCUAGCAACUCCGGCGUCAGGAUAUCCAGGAUACGCGCAGUACCAGAACUGGGUGCUGACGUAUUCGUCGAAUGUGAUCCAAAUGCGCAAAGAUCCAGUCAGGACAGUGCUGAGUAAUGAGGGCAGUAGCGUGGCGAGUUACACGCUGACGACGAGUGGGAUGGGUUUUACGACGGGUGCGAAUGUGGUGGAAGUGCUGACUUGCAAUGUCUACGUUGCCGACGCGACAGGCAAUGUAGCGCUGAGUAUGGGACAGGGACGGCCAAGUGUGUUGAUGAGUGAGGCCCAGUUACAGGGCACAGGGUUGUGUGGGCAUUGAUGAGAUGAGCCUGUUGAGGAUGCAUCUAUGAUCUGACAGUGUGUAUUCCGGUGGGUGGAUGGGAUGGCAUAAUUACCCCAAAGAAAGAAAUCAGCUUAGUCAGGGGUUGGUUGAGGUUUCGGCGAUGCAUCGAUUUCAUACCCAGGCCAGUUAUCAAUCAUCCAGGCUGCAUUGGCGG